CUAUUUUUUUCUUCCGAAACCCUAGAAGCCCUACCCAGAAUCAAACGUUUGGAACAUUUUCGAAGGGGAUGGAGGAGGGGGCUCAAGAAGGAGAGACUAACAGAGAGGUAGGGGCUGCUCCGGCAUUAAUCUCAGUGCAUCCUCUCGAGCAAUCCAUCGUACUUGCGGUCGGAUAUGAACUGCGCGUAUUUGAUUUAGAGAUGGAUUGCGCUGUUUCAUUAACUGAUGAAGCCUGUAGUCCUUCGCAUUCUGAUUCUAUCAGGGCAAUCUGCUUUGGUGCAAAUGGAAAACUCUUUGUUUCUGCUGGCGACGAUAAGUUGGUGAAGAUCUGGAGAACAGAUACUUGGCACUGUAUCAGAACUGUGUGUUCUGACAAACGUGUGAGUGCAGUUGCUAUAAGCCAUGAUGGGUUGUUCGUUACCUUUGCUGAUAAGUUUGGAGUUGUUUGGAUAGUGGGAUUGGAGGAAGAUGUUCAAGGUCAAGAAUCAGCUAAUAAAAAGGCUGUCCCACUUCUGGGCCAUUACUGUAGCAUCAUUACUAGUCUGAAAUUUUCUCCAGAUGGACAGUUCAUUGCCACUGCAGACCGAGACUUCAAAAUCCGGAUUUCUGUUUUCCCAAAAGAGCAUCUAAAAGGAGCACAUGAAAUUCAAAAUUUCUGCCUUGGUCAUACUGACUUUGUAUCUUGCCUUACCUUCAUACGGCCCCCAGAUUGCCAUCAGAUUUUGCUCUUAUCUGGAGGCGGCGAUGCAACAAUUAGGCUGUGGGAUCAUGUUUCUGGAUGCCUCCUUCAUACUUUUGAUGUUGGAAAAAAGGCUGGAUUGCUCGAAUCUAAGGUCGACGAUUCUCUGGCGGUCACAGACAUUAAUGCUUUUCUGGACGGAUCAUUAGUUUUUGCUGCCAUUCAAGGUUUACAUGGAGUUAUGAUCCUGAAAAUUGAUGUUCCUGCUAGGAGUCUUUCAAUCGCCAAGAUUGUUUUCAUGGAAGGAAGUUUUGUGCCUACAAGUUUAGGGUUGAGUUCUUCUGCCAAACGGUUGUGGGUGGUAAUGGGUGCAUCUAAUGUUUCUAAAUUAGGUGUUUCUGAGAUGGCUCGGCUUCAGGUCCUUUCUGAUCUCGACAAGUUUCUUUCGAAUGAACCUGGAGACUAUCCUGUCAUCCUGGAGAAUGAAGGUGUGCCGGGCGGCGAGAAAUUGCUCCAGAAAUUGCAGGACACCGUUCAUGUCACGAAGAAGGAUGCAGCUUUAGCUGCGACUGCUACGGCGGCGGUGAAAGUUGCAAUGCAGAAUUUGUUGACGAAGAAGCAGUACUCUUUAGAGAAGCGAGAUUUUAGGAAGAGGCACAGAAAUGAUAGAAAGUUGAAGAAAUAACAGUCAGUGGAAUCUUGGUUGGAACAUUUACAUACAUUGCACGCAAUUCUUAUGUAUUUACAUAUCUCAUUCGUGGAGUUACACUCAAAUAUUUAAUAUCACAUAACAAAUAACACUAUUAAAUAGUUUGUUUCCUAUCCUGGCUUUGUAAUUUUCACAUUCACAUUUUGAAAAUUUGGCUG